AUGGUGUCGACCGCUAUUGUCCCCGGUGCUCUCGCCUUUCUCUGGCCGGCCCACAUCCCGGCUCUUCCCGACUUUCGGUACGUCCGGGUCACGAGUGUUCAAGGAAGCAAGGCCAAGGUGGCUCUUGUCAGCCUCGAUGGUGACGACGAAGCGCUGGACGAGGAAGUCGACAUCGCUGUCCUACAACGGCGCCGUGUCGGCGAUGAGGAAGGCGAGCUGUGGCCCGGUACAUUCAUUGGGCAUCCUAUCGCGUUUAUCAUGCCGGACGGACCAUCCUUGGACGAAUGGGCAUUUGGCGUCGUCUCUGGGUAUCGCAUGGCGGGGGGUCACCCCUCUCUGCACGUCCGCGGUGACGGUGUACCCGUCAAGCUCAAACUGGAGCAACCGCCGAAUGUUAUCAAGGUCAACUGGGUCAACUACGUCCUCCAGACGGGUGCGGGGGAGAAUGCUUCGGCAGUCAACGCAGAGGAGAUGGUGGUGCUGAUGGAUGAGGUGAGCGCCCAGUGCGGCAAGAGCCGGGCGGGGUUGCCAGCAAAGAUCGCCAAGUCCCUCUCUGUGCCCUUUGACGCUGAGGCCCCCGUCCCCAUCAUCCGGCCCGACACGCUGGCCGUGAUCACGGCGCCCCGCAAGCACGCCCUGGACGGCGCGCUCAACAAGAAAGGCAAAAAGGGCACGAGUAUGUUCAACACGCAAGACAUCUGA